CAAACGACGCGAGCAUCUCUUUCCAUUCCCAGGAAGGCAGAAAUGGCGACGAGGUGUGUCGCGUCUCUUCCCCUCCAAUCCGCAUCCAGCUCCGCGGCCGCCAGGGCGCAGCCUGCCUCCUACGCAGCCGCGACCCGCCGCGUCCGCACACGCCUUUCGGUCGCCACAGGCGGGGAGCAGCAGCUCAUCACCGCGCAGGAGCCGGCCCAGGAGCCUGAUUAUGGAGUUGUUAGCCUUCAUCAUGUUGGAAUUCUGUGUGAAAAUCUUGAAAGGUCAAUGGCAUUCUACAAAGAUCUCCUAGGUCUUAAGGUGAAUCCUGCUAGGCCAACUGACAAGCUUCCAUACAGAGGGGCUUGGCUCUGGGUUGGUUCUGAGAUGAUCCACUUGAUGGAGCUGCCAAAUCCUGAUCCUCUGACAGGACGCCCAGAGCACGGUGGGCGCGAUCGUCAUACCUGUUUAGCAAUCAAAGAUGUAACGAAGCUGAAAGAAAUAUUUGACAAAGCUGGAAUCAGCUACACACUCAGCAAAUCUGGGCGCCCAGCGAUCUUCGCAAGAGACCCAGAUGGGAAUGCGUUGGAGUUCACCCAAGUGUAGCAACUGAAAGAUGCCUUUUCCGCUAGAACAUCUCAUAGACUUUACUCUUGUCAGAGUACACUAUACCUAGAGGUCCUAAACCUUGCUUGUAGCUACCAAGAUCCGGCAAGGGAAUACAGCUUGUACAUAUGGCAUAUCAGUCAAGUAUUUGAGGUUGACUUGUUUCAUGGUUUCUAUUACUCAGAGGGCGUGAAACUUGAAACCGUAAUCACGUAAUCAUUUACCAAAUUAUACGACUAUGGUUCUGGACAUCUGGCAUUUGAUAUCUAU